GUAUCUGCUUGAUAAAAGAACAAUCUAUCGUGGGAUGGUGAUAAUUUAUUCUUUAAAUAUUAAAGAUUCCAAAAUUAAAUUCUGCUUAUUUUACAGUUUUCAUCAUGACUAGAAUAAUGUUCAUAGUUCUGCUUGCUGUGUUCGGAUGCGUAUUUGCUUCUCCACUAUGUACCAAUGAAGAAGCUAAUAAAUGUAUUCCAGAAGGAGGAAGUUUUGAUUUUGUGUAUAUAGGACAACCAUUCGCUGAUGAAGACCAACUAACGGAGAUGUGUCAUAAAGUUCCUCAACAAUUACAGUGUGGAAUUGAUUUUAUUAACCGAUGUCCCAACACUCCCUAUGUGCAUUUCAAGUCAGGCCUGAUUAGUCAUAAAAACAUUUAUGCUGCAUUGUGCGACAGAUCAAAUCAAUUUAGAGCAAAGUACUUGAAACAUAUUUCUUGCAUAAAUGAGAAAAUUGUGAAGAUGGAUAAAAAAUGCAUGGAGCACAUCAAUUUCUACAUGAACAAUUUUAAAUGCACAACAGCUAUCAGUAAUUACAAGACAUGCGUAGAAGAAGUUGUGCAGAACGAAUGUGGCGAACAGGCUGUGGAAGAAGUCUUCAGAACUCUUUAUUCUGCGAGGACCGACAUCAAUCUGGUACUUUGCAAACAAACAUACAAACAAUUAAAGGAUUUUGGUCUCGUUUCUUAUUAGAAAACUGUAUUGUUCUUGUAAAGUUGUCUAUUUGUUCAUUUUCAAAACUUGUUGAAUAAAAGAUUCUUGACAUGUUUUGAUAGAA